ACAGCCAGAGACAGUUGUCAUACUUUAUUACCAAAGAUGCAAAGGUCGUUCGUUCUGGUUGCAUCAGUGCUGUGCGUGGUACAGGCCACCAUUAUUAUUCAGCCCAAGCCACAGCCAGUGGAGCCUUGCAGCACGUGCAAUCUCUACCAAAGAGAAUACACCUGGGCGCUGGUGGACUGCACUUGCAAAAUAUACCAGAACGCAUGCCUCUUGAACGAGGAGGCAGCACAAAGGGCGAAGGAAGGAAAAACGCCUCCUGUCAUUGUUCCGGAGAAGAUAUGCAGAUGUUUCAUUCCCAAGAAAUGCCUAAUUGGAUUUCCUGUGGUGGCCAAAUUCCCGCAACCAGCUCCAUGCGGCUGCAAUGGCAAGCCCGGCAGCCUCGUCACCCAAAAGUUCAAGAGUCUCUGUGCGCUGAAUAAAUACUCCGCUGAAAAUUCAAAGCCAUACAUCAGCUACACUUUUGGAAUCUGCUAGAAACUUCGUAGCCCAGGGGAAGCAGAAACUGCCAGGCGACAUGGAUGAAUCUUAUACUGUUUUGUUAUCUCAUUCUACCUAAUCAAAAACCCUAUGACUAACUUUGUUAUUACUACAAUAUAUGUACAUGCACUGCACUUUAAA